AUGGCAGAAAAUUUCAUAUCUAGAGAGUUUGCUCCGAAGCGCCUGGCCUUUUGGAUAUUUUGGUUUGCUAGUCACAUUGGUCUUUUUAUAUAUGGUUUCCUCAAGCAAAAGGAUGACCCCGAGCUGAACAACUUGAACGUUCUCGGUCUUUCCGUGUGGAUGUCUCGUGGUGCCGGUCUGGUCCUGGCUUACGAUGGUGCUAUUAUCAUGCUACCCGUGUGCAGAAAUCUCAUAAAGUAUUUACGCCUGAGUUUUCUAAACAAGAUCAUUCCAUUUGACGAGAAUAUUUGGUUUCACCGACAAGCCGCCUACGCUAUGCUCCUUUUCACCUUAAUUCACGUAUUUUCCCAUUACAUAAAUUUCUGGAGGUUGCAACAAUUGCAUAAAUUUAAUGCGUUGAAUCUUCAUUACACCACUUGGGCGGGUCUCACUGGUCACAUCAUGUUGUUGAUAAUGGUCUUAAUGUAUACCUCGGCUCAUCAUAAGAUGCGCGAGCAGUCCUUCGAGACGUUUUGGUACACUCAUCACUUGGCAUUCUUUUUCUUGCUAUGCCUAUAUGUUCAUGGUCACGGUUGUUUUGUACGUACAGCCACGGGUGUGUGUAAAGGUUACUUUUCGUGGAGAUUCACCAUAGUAUCUGGUAUCCUUUACUUCUUGGAACGUGUCUUGCGUGAAAUUAGAGCACGCCGGGAAACCAAAAUCACAAAAGUCAUUUAUCAUCCAUCAAGAGCCAUCGAGAUUCAAUUUGACAAACCAUCUUUCCGUUACAAGCCUGGUCAAUAUUUAUUCAUGAAUGUUCCUGCCAUAUCAAGAUGGCAGUGGCACCCGUUCACCAUCACCUCUGCUCCUGAUGAUCCAUAUGUUUCGUUGCAUGUUCGUCAAGUCGGCGAUUUCACCAACAAAUUAGGAGAGUUGCUAGGUUGCGAUAGGAAUCCUAUGGAUUAUAAGGGUAUGCCGGAUACGUCAGAAAUGCCAUCGCUGAGAAUAGACGGAAGUUAUGGGGCUCCGGCCGAGGAUGUGUUUAAAAAUGAAAUUGCUGUAUUGAUUGGAUGUGGUAUUGGUGUUACUCCGUUUGCUUCUAUCUUAAAGAAUAUCUGGUACCAAAACAGCAAAAGAAAACCAUCAAAGCUAAGGCGCGUUGAAUUCUUCUGGAUCUGCCGCGACAUUGGCGCAUUCGAAUGGUUCCAAUCAUUGCUCAAAACUCUGGAAGCUACCCAAAUGGAAGAAGGGUUCCUGAAAUUCCAUAUUUAUCUCACCUCAAAACUCAGGGAAUCCAUUAUUCAAAAUAUCAUCAUCAACGACGUGAGUGGUUCCUACGAUCCGCUGACCGAUCUGUCAUCACGCACCCACUACGGAAGGCCUAAUUUUGGCUACAUUUUCUCGCAGAUGGUUCGAGCCAUCGACUCCGGUGUGUACUUGCCGGGUAAGGAACGCGAAUUGCAGACAAACGUGGGUGUCUAUUAUUGUGGACCUCCUCCGCUGGCAAAAUCAUUAAAGAGAGAAACAAAAGCUGCUAGUACCGAAGGGAUCAAAUUCCACUUCCAUAAAGAGCAUUUCUAA